AUGCGCAUGCCGACUCUCGCGUACUUCUUCGCUGGCUACGAUCUGGAGCUUUCGAGGGAUAAUCGCUCGACCCUCCUCUUUGCCCUCGCCGCGUACGCUGCCUAUGAUUUCUACGGUGCAACUGUGGCGCCGGUCUCUGCUCAGCUUAGGGCCGCGUUCAGACUGAAGGGGACUCUGGCGCGAGCAGGGCAGAUGCAUAAGGCUCCCCUCGUUCCAGGGGUCAGCAUCUCCUCCGAGCUCUUUCAGAGGACGCUUCAGUACAUCAUCACUCGGGCCUGCUACCUUGUCGUUGUCGCCUUCGCCACUCGUACAGUGAUCCUCGUGGCAAUGGUGGCCCUCCGCGCCUUGCAGCUCACCUCCGCCAAGGCAGACCGUGCGAUAAAUGAUGCUUUGAAGGAUAGCAGGAACGCUGGACCCUCAUCUGACCAUCGUGUGUCGCCACUUGACGCCGAUGACGGAUUCCCUCAGUCUCCCGCAGGCGGUGGUCGGGGUUGGGACCUCCCACCCUCAGUUAGUCUCCAGAGCUUUGUGGACCUUGCCGCAAUCAGCAUGGUUGUGACAUGUGUCUCCGUGCUCUGUGCUGCGUUCCUGCGCGCAGAUGGCACGCCUCUCAUUCCGGGGACGCUCGCCACGCUGCGUGCCGUGAUCCCCUGGCACGCUGGUGCUCUCGUUGUGCUUGUCGCUUCAGCGGCGUGCACGCUCGCGGUCACGCCAUUUGCCGUCCUGUCUGUGUUCAAUCUGUGGCAAGCCUGGCGCGCCGGGUUGCCUACGCCGCAGAUAUUCUCGUGGGCCAGGGGGCGCGGCUCAUCGGAUGGUCAGGCAAUCACAGCGACGGGCUCUAAGGCUGCCGAGCAUGUGGGGGACAAGACUCUCGCUGGCAUCGCCGUUGAUCCCUACACCCAGCAGCGUGUCAUCCCCCAGUCCCGAAGACCAGAUGGAUCAGUCCGCAAGGAAAUCAAGAUCCGCCCUGGGUACACACCUCAGGAGGAUGUGAAGCGCUUCCGAGGUACACGCCAGGCUCAGAUGGACUCCAACCAGCUCCCCAAAGGCCACAUUAUCGGCUGGGCGCCCCCAUCUGGUGCCUCUGCAUCCAAGAAGCCCGGCGCGGCUGGCGCCUCGAAACCUGGUGCAGUACGAGAGCUGACGAAAAUGCAGCUCCAGGCUCCGGCGUCGCCCUAAGUAAGAGCGCGAAGAAGAACGCGAAGCGCAAAGAGAAGCGCGCGGAGGAGCACGCGCAAAAGAUCAAGAAUAAUUGGGAGGACGAUGAUGAGGAUGAGCAGGAUGCGAGCAAGAACGUGAAGGAGGGGAAGGCAGGGAGUGCGAGGCCGGAGAAGGCGCCGGACGCGGCGGAGCAACUCGCGGAGGAGAUGGAUAAGUUAGACGUGAAGAAGUAGGCGUCGUGGGAUUCGGACCCCCAUCACGUCCCUCUAGGUAUGUGGCGAUUUGCACAACGCAUUCGCGCUGUGCCCAAAUUCGUUGCUCUGCAGGACAUCCAGUGGUUCGGAUUGAUCUAGCUAUCUCGAUAUAUCGCCCACCCAUUGACGGGAGU